AUGCUCAGUGUGCCGGGCAGCAGCCUCCGAUCCACCUUUGAGGCCGCGCUCGUGCUCCAACGCGCUGGCGAUGCCGACGCGGCGCUGGAGCGGUACGAGCUCUUCCUUCAGGCGGCGCGCUCGUUCGGCACGCAGGUUCCACCCGAAUCGUUCGCCGAGGUGCUCGUCAACAUGGGAACCAUCCACGCGAAGAGGGGCGACGUUAGCCGUGCGAAGCAGCUCUUCUCUGAGGCUCUCGAUGCGCGCGAGAUGGGCACGGCGCAUCUGAACCUAGCACUCCUCGAGCUUUCCGCUGCGAGCCGCGGCGGUGGGAUGCCGCCGAGCGCACUCUCGAGGGCGCGCGGGCACUGCGAGCGCGCGAUCGCCCUGAACGACGACGACAACGCUGUUGUCGGUGCACGGCGAGUCCUGAGGGACAUCGAGAGAAGUAAGACCUCUUAA